AAAUCAGGUGAAUAAAUUUUCCUCUACAGCACUUUUCAAAGAAAUAAUAUAAAGAAAUACAAUCGGUUCAUUGAUGGCACGCUGCUAUGGCCUACUAAUAUGAUAUUAUUGAGAGUUGAGAUCGAGUGUUGCUUCGAACUAAUUGAUUUUUAGUAACCAACCAAGCCAAAGCCAAAGGAAGUCUUGAGCCAAUCAAAUAUCUCAUCAUCAGACUAAAAUCACUUUCCGCCGUACGUGUUUCCACCCCCGCAGGCCACCUCUCAACCACUAAUGGAGACAACGACGAUGCCACUACUUAAAGGAGCACCACCUACAACGUUGACUUUGUUGGAGAAUGGCAACUAUGCACCGGCGAGGAGCUUCGAGGAAGCGAAGUCGAUGUUUUGGAUAGAGACGGUGAAGAUAUGGAAGAUUGCAGGUCCCAUUUCUUUCCAAAUAAUCUGUCAAUAUAGGACCAACUCCUUUACCAAUAUAUUCGUGGUGCACAUCGGUAACUUUGAACUCUCUUCCGUCACCAUUUCUCUCAUUGUCAUUGGAACUUUCUCUUUCGGCUUCAUGCUCGGCAUGGGAAGUGCACUUGAGACGCUUUGUGGUCAAGCUUUUGGUGGUGGACAAAUACACUCGCUUGGCGCUUAUAUGCAAAGGUCCUGGAUUAUCUUGCUCGCCACCUGUUUCAUCCUCUUGCCAUUUUACAUUUUUGCCACCCCAAUCCUUAAACUUCUCGGGCAAGAAGUUGAGAUCGCUGACAUGGCUGGGAAGUUCACCAUACUUACCAUCCCACAAUUGUUUUCACUUGCCAUUACCUUCCCUACUGUAAAGUUCCUUCGGGCUCAAAGCAAGGUCAACUUGCUGGCUUGGAUUGGGUUUCUGGCCCUGAUUCUCCAUAUUGGAAUUCUUUGGCUCUUCAUCAAUGUUUUGUGUUGGGGAACAACUGGUGCAGCCAUAGCAUUUGACAUCACCAGCUGGGAGAUCAGUUUAGCUCAAGUCGCCUAUGUUAUUUUUUGGUGCAACGAGAGGUGGCAUGGCUUUUCAUGGUUGGCAUUCAAGGAGAUAUGGGCCUUUGUUCGACUCUCCAUUGCUUCAGCUGUGAUGCUUUGCCUUGAGAUUUGGUACAUGAUGAGCAUGAUUCUUCUUGUUGGUCACCUUAAUAAUGCAGUGAUUGCACUCGGUUCCCUUUCUAUUUGUAUGAAUUUGAAUGGCUGGGAAGCGAUGCAGUUCAUUGGAAUAAACGCUGCUAUGAGCGUUCGGGUUUCCAAUGAGCUUGGAUUGGGACAUCCAAGAGCAGCCAAGUACUCUGAAUAUGUUAACCUGCUUCAAUCUCUCCUCAUUGGGCUUUUCCGCAUGGUUGUUGUUGUUAUAACCAGGGAUCACUUUGCCAUCAUUUUUAUCAGCAGAGAAGAAAUGCAGCGAGCUGUUGCUCAUCUAGCAUACCUUCUUGGUGUGACCAUGGUUCUUAACAGUGUCCAGCCUGUGAUAUCAGGUGUUGCUAUUGACGGUGGAUGGCAGACAUUGGUUGCUAUUACGUUUUUGAUCUUCCGCUUCGGAUACCUACUUGGUUAUAAAGCAAAAUUAGGAGUGAUGGGACUUUGGGAGGGCAUGAUAUCGGGAACUGCUUUGCAAACCUUGCUGCUCUUGAUUGUUCUCUAUGGAACCAAUUGGGAUAAGGAGGUGGAACAAACAAUGGGACGUAUGAGGAAGUGGGGUGGCCAAGAAAUCGCUACUGAGGGGACAAAUAGUAGUAGAUGGCAGACUGGUCUAAGCCGUCAGACUUAA